AGAAAGUACUUCACUCAUACACCAAAGUGGUUCGAGCGCCCGUUUUAAUGAGAUAUCGCUGUACUGCUUAUGUGCUUUCGUAUUGCGGCUUUGUGGUGUUAUUUUUUUGCUCUUGUGUGUGUUCUUCUUCUCCCUAUUGCUGUUCUACAAUUGUAACUCUCAUCAAACUCUCGUCCAAGUUGUGGAGAUCCUUGCAAAGGAAAAAGUAUAAGGAAGACUCUGGGCUCAAGUUGACCAUUAGAUCACUUGGGAGGGGUUGAAUGCAACCCUCGUCCAUUAGGACACCAUAACGUGGAGUAGAUGAGUAGGCAAGCAUUUAAGGCUUGACCAAACCACGAGAUUAAUCGUCUUUUCUUGUGUGUUUGUGUCUUUGUGGUUUAUUCUUCCUUCCUCUCUCUAAGUUCUUGAUAUCACUUGCAAUAUUGCUCUUAGUUAAUUUCUCAUCUAAAAGAGAAAGCAAGUGAAACAACUUCUCUUCCUUCUCGCAUUUACUUGAUAUUUAAUUUGCUGUAACAUCUAAAUUAAGUUGGUGUUGGACGCGGUUUCCUAGCAAUGCAAGCAGUGCCUUUUCGGUGAGAGGCUGAUCCACACCUUCGUGAAUCGUUGUCUCCAACUACUCGCGGCCCGCCAGAGGACCAUGUGGGAGUACACCGGGGAUAACGACUCCAACCGCCAUUCGGCCAAAAACCUGAUGAGGGAGGAGCUUACAUCACACGUCCUUGCUAUCACGGUGGGGGUUAGGUCGGAUUUCCUGGACGAGAGUGGCCCACUACCGUUCAACCAAGCGCGGUUGAAAGACCUGGGGCUUUGCAGCAUCAAGGUUUCCCGUCCCCCUCUUCUGGAAGAUGUCGCUAUUAAGUCGGAGAAGAAAUGGAAGAGGGAGGUGGAGCAAUCUACCAUGGCGGUGUGCAAGAAACGCCACCUCGAGAUGAAGCGGACACGUCUUACGCGAGCUGGGCUAGGGUGGAGCAUCACCUCGUCCACGGACAUGGAGGACAUGACCUCUACUGAGGUCAAAGCCAGCUCUAAUGCCCAGCCCGAGAGAGUGUGGGACGCUGUGGAGGUCGUCCUGCCUGUUGCACGUGGGGAGCAUCCUAGGGAAAGGCUGGGGACCGCCAGCUCUUCCUCCUCCCCUGUCGCGAUAACCGAGCGCGGAAUCGCUGGCGAGGCAGGCGCACUGCCUUCGAUGGUCACAAUAAUGGUGGAGUGCCAUGAGGAGGCCAGGACGGUGAUUGUGCCUACUCCUACCGCAUCACUAGUGGCGACGUCCUAGGCGCGAAGGGCAAUGGUCGCCUGGACGCGCUCUUCCUGGUACAUAAUGUAUCCAUGUUUGUGCCUACUCCUACCGUACAUUAUCGUCAUUCUCUCCUUUGUAAUGCCGCCCUCCGUGUUCUUAACUCUGUUUAAUCCCAUCCAGCACAUAUGUGUCGGGUAAGUCA